AUGCAUGACGGUCCAUUUCAAUUUUACUUCUUAUUCGGAAUUCUUCAACAUGGAGCGAAACUACCAGUCGAUAUAACUUUUCGUCCUCAAUUAGAAUAUCGAAACUUCUACGACAUUACCGAAACGAUAUACGAUCUCAAGAAUAAGAAUGAAAUCAUCAAACGGCGAGAAAUCGAAAGUGUGGAGAAAGUGAUUCAACUAAAGAAAAAGACGAUUAUCGGAAUCAUUAAUAGAAAGGCUAAGCUAGAUCCGUACAACGAAGAUGAAUGGAAUAUUCUACUAAAACGGCCGUACUUCGACCGUUUAGAACAAUUCGAAUUGCCAGGUGAUCUUCGCUCUCGUACGUCACCAUUCGGUCAUAUGUGGAUGUUAUUUCCUGCCCCGGAAAACUUAAUGACGCCGGACAUCAAAAAGCUUUAUGAGGGACAAAAAUGGGCGGUAAAGAUGGCAGGUAGUGCAUACGAUAUGAAUUACGAAUUGACAAAUAUCGAUCACGAGAACCACCAAGCGAUUGUUGAAGGUCGGAAUGGAAUUUGCUCGAAUGGAGAAGCCGGGGUGAAGAGAUGGAAUGCUAGUUGGAUAGUUGAUACUCGUGAUGGAGUUAUCAAAGAAAUGCAACUACGCGUCGAGCAUGAGAACAAACAGAAGAAUGAAAAAACACGUACGAUAACGACAAAGAUUUGGACACGAGGCGAAGAAGACCCAGAUAAACGCUAUGAUUACGAAUUUUCUGAAGGCCGACCAGAUCUUUAA